UUUUGACAGGAUACGAGAGCUUGCAGAACCCAAGAAAGCAGCUUGUGCAAAUGACCCCAAGCUUGUUUGGGGAAACCAAGAGACAAUAUGGACCAUCUCAUGGCGUGCUAUGACAGCUAGACCAUCUGCAAGGAUACUGGAAUUGGCCAAGCCCAAGCAAGAUUUUGGCAAGAACCUCUACAGGCCCCUCUACUUGUACAGCUGUGGACGGGAAUCAACGAUCUGGGAGCGUCCCUCUCUAGUGGAUUUUCACUUCCCUUCUGAUCGGAUACUGAAGCUUGCUGAACCUAAACAAUGCCAGGCUGCUUACCUGCUGCAAAGACCUCGCAUGUCCCCUGCAUGGCCUGUGUCACCAGCGGCACUGAGAUGCAAGACCUCCCCACGGAUUGUGGAGCUUGCCCGGCCAAAGGUGCUGCACCCAGAGUUCCAGCUGGCCAAAAAGGUGCCAACACAGGUUACAAAUGCUGCGGCCUUGGCCAGAGCAUCCUCAUGGAUAGAGCAGCUGGCAGAGCCCCGGGUCAAGAAGGUGACCUGCUGCUACGAGUAUGGCCCUUUAGAAUCUGCCAUUCGCCCGGUUUCCAAGUUUGCUCAGGAGGCAAUUGCGAGCCCUCGGACCCUGGAGCUGGCUGUGGCAAAAAGAUUGCAUCCUGAUUAUAUGCCUGUGCGGGAUGCUGCAUGGCCAGUGACAAAGGCUGCAAAGCAGGCAGUGGCCACACCAAGGCUUGUGGAACUGGCCCAGCCUUGCAAAAGGCUUCCUAUGAACUUGACUCAAUUCAACCCAAAUGCCUUCACUGUGAAGGAGUCUGCUAAGAAGGCAAUUUGUUCUGCUCGGAUCAAGGAACUGGCUUGUCCAAUUAAGCGCUGA